AUGAUUGACAAUAUUAAUAAAUUAUCGAAAAAUCUUGAUGCAAAUAAACAGCAACAACAACAACAACAACAACAGCAACAGCAAACAGCAGCAUCAAUUGUUAAUUUAACUGAUGAUGAUGUUGUUAAAAUUUGGGAUGCAGUGUCAUCCUAUAUCGAAUCUUAUAUGAAACAAUCAAAAGGUGUUACUAUUCCAGGCUUUGGUACAUUUACUUUUAUACAUAAACGUAUUGAUGUUGGAAAUAAUAAAUAUUUAUUAAUUCAACGACCUGUUUUUUCUUUUUCGGAAAAAUUUGCCCAAACUCAUUCAUUAAAAUUUACUCAUUAUCCUGUUAAUGGUUCAAUACCAGUACAUCCAUUAAAUUAUUCUUAUAUUCAAACACAAUCAACAUAUACACGUGAUCAGAUUGAACAAUGUGUUAAACAUGUUUUACAAGUAUUUAAUCGUUCAGUAGCAGCACAACGAAAUGUUGAAUUUACAUUUUCACGUAUUGGAAAAUUACAGAUUCGAGAUGGAAAAGUUAAAAUGAGAUUUUUUAAAGAUUUUGUUAAUGCAGUUGAUGGUAAUGGAGGAAAUGGAGCAAAAUAUCUUUUUGAUAAUACGUGCAAUAGGCCACAAACAUGUGAUUCAGUUAUGUCUGAACGAGAAGCAACAAGACCUCCAACAGCUUCGAAUGUUGUUCUUCCACGACUUAAUAGUCGGAUUGGUAAUCCAGCGAUGCAAGCAAUUCUAGAAGAAGAUCAUGAUAAUGAUGAGCAACAAACUCAUCGUGCAACAUCCGUAAAACGACCACAACAACGAGAUCCUAGUCCAUGUAAGAACGAUUUAAGUCGUUCAUGUUCUCGAGGUGUUGAUGUACGAUUACCACCUCUUAUUGAAAUACUUGGAGAACCAACUGUUUCUGUGGCAACAACUACGCAACCAUCAACAAAUGUAGUAACAACAGUAGGAGUAACAAGUUCACCAGAUGGAAUUGUUCCUAUAGCGUCACUUUUUUCAUCAUUGGAUCUUGGUCAACCAUCUACAACAAUGAAACGAACAACAACACCUGUUAUUCCAAUAAAACGAACUGCUUCUUGUUAUCAAUCUGAACCAGACAAAGAAUCAACAGCAACAGUAUUUAAAUCUUUUUGUUUUUCUAAUUUUCUUAGUAAUCAAUCAAAUGCUGUAAUUAUGCGAGCAACUAAUGAAAAUAGUGCAGCAUUGGGUUUUUCACGGCCAACAACGGAUCGUAGUGUACGUGAUCGGAUAUCAUCAUCAUUAAAUGUUUAUCCUCAACAAUAUCAACAAAUAAAUUCUCCAACAGUAUCAAAACCAACAACAACAUGUGGACAUCAUGGUGCUGGUCAGGAACUUUGUUAUUUAUGUCAUCAACGUGCUAAACGUAAUAUACCUAUUUAUUUACAUGAAGAAAAACGUAUUCGUGAAGCUGAAGAAGCAAAAUUACUUGAACAAUAUCAACAUGAUCGAGAUCUUGAUGAACAAAAUAAACGAGAAAUGGCUAUGAAAGUUGAUCGCGAGGAAAAACAAAGAAUAGCUGCUUAUAAUCUGGGUAUUGCUGAAGCAACACGAGCAAAGAAAAUGGAACGACCAAAAACGAGUGAUGUUCCGCGUUCAUUCGUAUUUCGAAAACGUAUUCAAACUCCUCCAACAUAUGUUCGUCAACAAGAUUUAGCUAAACAAUUAGACGCACAAAUAAAAUGGAAACACGAUGAAGAACAUGCUGAAAAACAAGAUAAAAAUUUUCUUGAACGUUUAGAACAAAUACAAUUAGCUGAAGCAUUGGCACAAGAACGAGAAGCAUAUUUGAGAAAUAAACGUCUUCAUCAAGAAGAAAUGAAAAAUGCUUUAGAUAAUCAAGUUCGAAAUAAACCAAAUGGAAUUCCUCCUGUUGAAAUCGCUACACCUUAUUUUGGUGUCAAUGAUAUGUCAACAGAUAAAUUACAAGAACGUCGUUUACAAGCAAUGGAAAUCUUUCGACAACAAAAAGAAGUUGUUGAACAACGUCAACGACAACAAUUACUUAAACAAAUGCGUGAACAAGAAUAUGAAUCACGAGCAUUGGAUGCUAUGAAAGAAGACUUUUUAGCUGAUCGUCGUGAAAGAUUUCGUCGUACAUAUACAAUACGUAAAGAUCUUGAAACAGAUUGGUCAAAUUCUUUGGAUGUAAAACGUAAACGUGAUCAAGAUGAAAGAGAACAUGUAUAUGCACCACAAGGUGUUCUUGUACAUGAACAAUGUGAUCAAUAUAAACGUUGUGCUCAAUGUCAACGUAAUAUAAAUAAUUGUGGUACUUCAAAUAUAUGGAAGGAUACACGAUAUAUACCUGGAACACGUAUCAUGGUUUAA